AUGGAAACGAGCUCAAACUUCUCGACUUUCAGAGAUUGCCUCGUGAGUCGUGUGAUUGCGCAGCCAGGUGUCCUCGACUCUCCUUCUGACAACCCCGACUCGCUCGACGAUUUCACCUCCUACCUGGCCACCGAAACCUGGCCCGGUCUGCCUGUGUCUCUCCGCUCCGCAUCUUACGAGUCUCGCUCAGAUCUCCCUGACGUCGACACUCUGCCGCUGGAGAGCAUACCCUUGUCAUUCUUCGAUACCCUAGUCUCCUGCGGUAUCACAGAAGAUGCCGACGCUGCCAUGUCUCUACUGCGGAAGGUGCUGCUGGAGUACGUGGCCGAGACGUGUGCGCCACCGCCUGUGUGGUCCAAGACACGCACGUCGGAAUGCCAGAUCUGCGAGCGCGAGGUGCCGUUGACCUACCACCAUCUCAUACCGCGCCAAGUCCACGCGAAAGCACUUAAGAAACAGUGGCAUCGGGAGGCGAUGUUGGACUCCGUGGCUUGGCUUUGUAGGCCGUGCCAUUCUACUGUACAUCAUGUCGCAUCCAACGAAGAUCUGGCCAAGAAAUACUACACCGUCGACUUGCUGCUGGAGAGGAAAGACAUCCAGAAAUGGAGAAAGUAUAUAUCAAAGCAACGAUGGGCGGUUAAGCGAGGUUGACUCUCAGCUAGCCGGUGCUCUCCUCUGUAUCGUGGCCACCGGAAUGUCUCUCCCCGGACUGGUAGUGGACGUUUGCUGAUACCGAGGCCUGCCUAUUGUCAUGAUCAUAUUGCAUAUAUCAUGCAGCCCGACUACCAUCCGAUGCGCUCUCAAGCUCGAGCUACAAUGGAAUCUCCUGAGCCGAUCACUGAGCGGAAUGGAAUAUCAUUCCAAUUGUGUUGCAACACCUGCCAGUCAAGAAUUACCAACAGUCCGCCAAUCCCAGGCGACGGAAUGAUUGGACGAAUGACAGGUCAGAAUGAUCUCUUUCUAUAUUCGGCCAGAUCUCCACGCGAGAUCGACGCGUCCACCGCAAGGCUUGCGCGUGCCACCGCCAUUGCAUCGCUGUAAUUGUUGCCCUCGCUUCCCUUCAUUAGCGAUGUCAUAAAUUUUAUUGUGCACAGACCAUCUCGUAUCGCUUGACUUACGUGCAGAAUGAAAGCAGGCUGCCAGAC